AUGGUCGAUGGCCGUCCCGAACGAGCGGCUUUGCUUGACAGACGAGUCAGCGCAAAGCAAAGAAGAUCAUCUGACCUGCCGCCAAGGCUCGAGGCUGAGGCUCGAAGGCUGGCAGGACAGAGAGAGCGAGAGAGCGUUGGGUGGCAUCGGAGGCACUCCGAGCUGGGCCAUGGCUGCGCCGGCAAGGAAAGCGCGUUGGAGGCCGGCCAUCUAGCCGAGACGAGACCGACUUGGGGCGCCGUCCCAACGGGGAAUUCUGGCUUAAUUUCGCACGCGACAUCUGCCUUUUCGCCUCCACUGCAGAGCGGCCGUGAAGGGUCCGUGCCAUCUUCCCCCGCCCGCACGCCCACUCCCAUAUAUACUCUCUCCCCUACGCUCGCUCUGCACUCGCACCCGCUCCUCUUCGCAUCAACAUCAACUCGACCACCGCACCGGAGCUAUACAGCCAUGUCUGCACCUACUACCAUGAAGGCGGUCGUCAUCCAGGGCCCCGAAAAGGUUGCUGUGGUCGAAAGACCCAUCCCGACGCCCGGUCCGGGUGAAGUGGUGGUCAAGGUGAGCCUGGCGGCGCUGUGCGGUUCGGACCUGCACAUCUACCGCGGCCACCAGCCCGUGCCGCACUACGACUUUGUGCUCGGCCACGAGUUUGUCGGCUCGGUCCACACCAUCGGCGAGGGGAUCAAGAACUGGAAGCAGGGCGACAAGGUGGUGUCGCCCUUCACCGUGUCGUGUGGCGACUGCUUCUUCUGCAACCGCGGCCAGACUGGUCGAUGCACCCAGUCGCGCGUCUUUGGCAGUGUUCCGCUCGACGGCGCACAGGCAGAGUACGUCCUCGUGCCGCUCGCCGAUACCACCCUCUACCCGAUCCCCGCCGACGUGCCCGACGAGAUCAUGCUGCUCACCGCCGACAUCUUCCCCACGGGCUACUUUGUCGCCAACAACGCCUACACCAUGCUCAACGAUGCCGAGCGCAAGGACUCGGUGGCGGUCGUCAUCGGCUGUGGCCCCGUCGGACUUUGUGCCGUCACGGCAGCUUGCUCGUUCUUCAAGACGGUCUAUGCCAUCGACAGCGUGCCCGAGCGCCUGGCCGAAGCCAAAAAGCACGGCGCCAUCCCGCUUCACCUCACCAACGACGACUGCGUUCAGGUGCUCAAGGACGCCACCGAGGGUCGCGGAGCCGAUGUGGCGCUCGAGGUGGUGGGUGCAGAGGAUGCGCUCAAGCUCGCCGUCAAGAUCGUGCGCAACUUUGGCGUGGUGUCGUCGUGCGGUAUCCACACGCACGCCGUCACGCUCGAGGGGCUCGAUCUGUACAACAAGAAUCUGCGAUUCCAGUUCGGCCGCUGCCCCGUGCGCGCCGUCUUUGACCCGGCCGUCAAGCUUCUCGCCAAACACCACGACUUGUUCGGCAGCUUCAUCCAGCACACGCGACCCAUCGAGGACGCGCCCGAGUACUACAAGCUCUUCAACGACCGAAAGGUGCUCAAGACCGUAUUCAAAAUGCAGCACUAA